UCUGUGUCCGUUUUCUUUGGACCGUUUAUUAUUUACAAAGGCAUAAAUAGUUUUAAAACUUUUCGGAACGGAUCAGUUUGCAACCAACUGUUCCCAGUGGACAAGCAGUUCGGGAAAUUAACGAAAACGAAAUCGGCUCAGUUUCUUGAUCGCGAAAUAUGCGUGGCUUGGUAAUAUUUUGCGCCGUUUUGGCCGUGCCCAUUUUGGCGGCCCAAGAUGGAUACAAAUAUCGUGAACCUGCUCCAGUAAUAGAAAAGGGGAAUCUGCCCACACAGCCAAAACCCUGUACCCAUGGGUUUACCGGCUAUAAUUUUGAUGAGGCCACCAAGGCUCUGAUAAAGGCCCAAACUCAAGCCAGAAUUGUCAACAAGGCCCAGGCCUCAGCAGGAGCCGCAGCAGGUGAACAUAAUUUGGAAACAGCAGCCAGUGGUUAUAGCCAACAGAUUGGGGUGGCCAAUCAAGUGGCUUCCAGCAGCUUCCAGAGUCAAACAAAUAAAUUUGUUGCCGGUCAGGGUUACACCCAAGGUGGAGGCGUAUCUUCAUCGGGACCUUCCGUGAAUUACAUUCCAUUGUCUCCGGUGUCCCAUGGUCCACCUCAAAGCCUUCCAUUGACACAAAUUCCACCACCAUUGUCGGCACAUGGUCACACAAUUUCUUCCGGAGCCGGGACUGGACAUAGUCACACAAUCUCCUCCGGAGCUGGAUCUGGAGUCGGACAUAGCCACAGCUUUAGUUCUUCUGCUAGUCAACAACAAUUUGUCUCAGGUGCCAAUCAACAUAGCCAAGGCUAUAAUUAUCAACAGGGCAAUGGCGGUGUCCAACAACUACAUGGCUCUCAAAGCUUCCCACCACCACAAUAUAAACCAUUGCCUUCUGGACUAACAGCACCAGGAUUUAUUGGUGGAGCCCAACAAUCCUCAAACUUCCUUGGGGGACAACAACAAAUCGCUGGACAUUAUAUCACCCAAACCUCGGGCAACUUCAAUGGACAACAACAUGGUGGUCAGUUUGCUGGACACUCAGCCUCCGGAAACAUUGGAAGCAGUCUUGGUUCCCACGCAUCCUCAGGAAACUUUGCUGGCGGUCUUGCCACACACUUUGGUGGUCAACAACAAUUCUCUGGCUCCCACUCAUCCGCUGGAAACUUUGCCGGUGGUCACUCUGCAAGCUUUGGUGGCCAACAACACUUCUCCGCCUCCGGCUCUGAUUUAUCUGGCAACUUUGUUAGCCAUCUUCAAGGUGGUUCAGCUCAAGGCAGUUCCCAACUCCUCUCCACUUUCUCCUCCUCUAACUUGGGAGCCAAUGGUCUCAACGGACAAUUGGGCAAUGUUAUACGUGAAACCGUGGCCCAGGCCCCCUUGGAUCCCACAGCAGAGAAACACAUUUAUGUACACAUUCCGCCCGAGGACUUGGAAGGUGAUCAGCAACAAUCUCUAAUUGCCCCACAAUUUGUGGCACCACCCGCCAAGAAACACUACAAAAUUGUGUUCAUCAAAGCCCCCACCCACAACACACCAAAUUACAGUCAAUUGGCUGCCGCUGCAGCACCCAAGGUUGAGGAAAAGACCCUCAUUUAUGUGCUGACCAAGAAACCCGAAGAACCAUCGCUGGAACAAAUACAACAACUGACCCAGGACAACUACAAGAGUUCCAAACCCGAAGUGUACUUCAUUAAAUACAAGACACAAAAGGAAGGCGAUGCCGUCCAACAGUACUUGGCCAAUUCGAAUGGCAUUAGUCCCGAUCAAAUUGAUUUCUCAAAUUUGAUUGAUAAUAGCGGUAGUGCAGGUGGCAUUGACAUUAGAGCCGGUGGUCUUAGCAGUGGUGCCAGCAGCAGUAGUAGCACCAGCAGCUUUAGUACCAGUUCGAGCAGUAUUUCAUCUAGUUCAUCCAACCUUGAGUCCGAAGGACCCAAACACGAACUCUAUGGUGUUCCAUUGCAGUAAUUUUAUUAUUUAAUUUAUAUUUAUUAUUUAUUCUUUUUAUAUAAUUUAUUUAUAAAAUAAUUAAAUACUUUUUU